AUGGGCAUCUGCGCUCUUUUAACAUUCAACAUUCUCUUAUACACCAAAUUUAAUCCAUUUCAAGCCGAAACAACACAGAAUAUCCCAAAUAAUGAACAAAUUAAAGUAUUUAAAAAUUUUCCAGGUCAUACAACAAUGAGAAUUGCUCCAAGGCCACCUGAAAUUGAAUAUACUCAAGAAGAACUCGAUGAAGCAAUUAUUGAAUUGAACCUUCCAACAUGGUCACGUUCAUACGUUCCUUGUACAUCAAAUGAAAGCGAGGUUACGUGCUCUCAGAUUGUUAAAGCGUGGAGGACUAUAAAACAAUGGGAGAACCACGUUAAUACUACUUCAUUAGAAGAUGAUCGCUAUGUAUUAACUAAACAUUACUUCGAUGGUGUUGGAAAUCGUAUAUCCAUUGAUAUUAUUGUAUUUUUACUUGCUCUCAUGGGUAAUCGAAGAAUGGUUGUCGAAGGUUCAUGUAUGAAAGGUGGCCAGGCAGUACAAGGAUGUGGUAAUGCUUACUAUUAUCAGCGCAGUAUCCUUUUGCAAAACAAAACAACAGAACUUAUACUUGCAGAUGCAUCUAGAAAUCCUCCGUAUUAUGUACAGACAUUCGAUGGAUGGUGGUGGGCAGAAUUUAAUGGCCCAUUUAAAUCCAGAGUCACUCUUGAUUUAUCCUACUUAAUGUAUGCAACUCAGAUGUAUACUCACUUCCAGAUGUACGAUUACGCAAAAGACAAAUUCGGAAUGCAUGCAAUUUAUUUCAUAUCCAAUUUCCUCUGUAGAAUUCCUCAGAAAAACAUUGACCAAGCGAAAAAAAUUAUCGAAAAUAUACCUAAAGGAACAAGAAUAUUCGGAGUUCAUCUUCGAUUCCAAUUCCCUGGUCAAUUCUACAGUUAUAGUGUCGAAACUACCAUGAAAGUUGUAAAACCAUUUUUAUGGCAGAAAAUUCGCGAGCAACCAACCGUAAUUGCGUUUGCAUCAGACUCCAAAGCCAUGGAAGAGGAAUUUCUUAAGGAGUUUGGCAAGUACAGCGUUAAAUCAAACGCUACAAGAAUGGCAGAUUUCGACCACGUCUCGGCUCUUACGGACAUUGCGCUUCUCAUGAUGUGCGAUGAAUGCUUACUUAGCUAUAGAUCUACUUUUUCGUUUGCUAUUGCCUCAAGAAUGGGAAAGAGAUGCUGGUUUUACGAAAAAGAAGCUUUGGGAAUAUUCCAAGCUUCUAAUUCGCAAGCAACAGCUGUUUCUUUGUUGUUCCAUAACUGGGAUGUCAAUGAUUGGCAAACAAAUAGAAGAUUUAAACACGCAUCUCAUAAUGAAGAAGGAAUGAGGUAUUUCUACAAGUACUUUAUGCUUUAA